GGCGGGGCGGGCCCGCGCGUCCCAGCCCGGCUGCAGCGGAGCGCGCGGGGCCAGCUCUGCAGAAGGCGGCGGCUGGCUGGCUGGCUGGCUGGCUGGCUGGCUGGCUGGCCGGGACGAUCACAUCCCGCUGCAGGGGGCCAGUUUCGGCCGCCGCACUGUCCUCUGCACCGGGGACGCAGGCCAGCUGCCAGGCCUCGCCGCCGGCAACGCCCCCUGCUCCGAGACAGACGUCGCGCGGCCCUUGGGAACGCUGGGGGCCCCCGCAGACCCGCGGCCCGCGGCCACUCCGCCUCUGCCCUCUCUGCCCGCAGCUCGCCCGGCGCUGCCCGCCUCGGCGGGCCCGGGUCGGGAUGGGGUAGGGCCAGCGCCAGUUCGGCGAUGGGCCGCCCCCUGGGCACCGAACAGCCCCCCGAGGCCUGACGGACCACGAGGACCCGGGAGGAUCCCCGCCUGGAUGUCAAGCGGAUGCCUCCGGGCCCCUGGGCGAACUCGGUGGAAACCAUGGCUUCUUUGAUGCCCCUUUCCCCGUAUCUGAGUCCCACGGUCCUCCUGCUGGUCAGCUGUGACCUGGGCUUUGUACGAGCAGACCGACCUCCCUCUCCUGUGAAUGUGACGGUCACUCACCUCAGAGCCAACUCGGCCACUGUGUCCUGGGACGUCCCAGAAGGCAACAUCGUCAUUGGCUACUCCAUUUCCCAGCAACGACAGAACGGCCCUGGGCAGCGUGUAAUCAGGGAGGUGAACACCACCACCAGGGCCUGUGCUCUUUGGGGCCUGGCCGAAGACAGUGACUAUACGGUGCAGGUCAGGAGCAUCGGCCUCCGGGGAGAGAGUCCCCCUGGGCCCCGUGUGCACUUCCGUACUCUCAAGGGUUCUGACAGGCUGCCCUCCAACAGCUCCAGCCCAGGUGACAUUACAGUGGAGGGUCUGGAUGGAGAGCGGCCACUGCAGACAGGGGAAGUGGUCAUCAUUGUGGUGGUAUUGCUCAUGUGGGCUGCUGUAAUCGGGCUCUUCUGCCGUCAGUACGACAUCAUCAAGGACAAUGACUCCAACAACAACCCCAAGGAGAAGGGGAAGGGGCCCGAACAGAGUCCUCAGGGAAGGCCAGUGGGGACAAGACAGAAAAAGUCUCCAUCCAUCAACACCAUCGACGUUUGAGUGAACUGGGUGAACCAAGAACCAGAACCAGAAGAGAGAUGCACUAAUAAUGUGGGGGGGUGGGGGGGUCAGGGAAAGCCUAAGAUGCUGAUCUGCUUCAGACUCCCACAUGGCAAUGCACUCCCAGAAUCCCAGGCUGGUACCCAUCCUCUUUCCACUGUGAGCAGGGCCAGAAGGUAGGUCUGUUAGAAUCUGUAAUCCCUGGACCUGGGAAUGGAUAUCAGUGAAACAUCUUCUAUCCCCCAGGUCCAGGGGAGAGUCAUUUAUUCAACCCUAUCCCACUAGGUCCCAAAUAGGGGCCCAUUUCACGUGCAUCAGGACUCUUGGCAUCCACUAGCUGCCCCUACAAGCUUGCCUCUGGGCCUGAGAGAGGGGUGUUUCUGUCUGUAUUGCCCUCCUCCAGGGAGGAAGAGGAAGC